CGAGGGCGCAGCGCCAUGUCCUGGUACCGCAACACCGUGUGGUUCGUGAAGGGGCUGCGGGAGUACACGAGAGGUGGUUACGAGUCUGCUGCCAAGCACUUCAACCCGGCUGAUGUGGAGGUGGAUGUGGCUGGAAGAUCCUUCCUGGUCACUGGUGCAAACAGUGGCAUUGGCAAGGCCACGGCCAAGGAGAUAGCGAGGAGAGGUGGCACGGUUCAUCUGGUUUGCAGAAAUAAGGAACGGGCUGAAGUUGCCAAAGAGGAAAUAGUGACAGAAACAGGCAACCAGAAUAUCUUCUUGCAUAUUGUGGAUCUAUCUAAUCCCAAGGAAAUAUGGAAGUUUGCUGAAAAAUUCCAAAAUGAACAUAAAUUAAAUGUGUUGAUCAACAAUGCAGGAUGUAUGGUGAAUAACAGGGAGUUAACUGAAGAUGGACUUGAAAAAAACUUUGCAACAAACACUUUGGGUACAUACAUCAUGACAACUGCCCUGGUGCCCCUCCUGGAAAAAGCAGCUGAUGCCAGAGUGAUAACUGUUUCUUCUGGGGGCAUGCUAGUUCAAAAAUUAAACAUAUCUGACUUGCAGUCGGGAAGUGGGCCAUUUGAUGGAACUAUGGUGUAUGCACAGAAUAAGAGACAGCAAGUUGUCCUGACAGAACAGUGGGCAAAGGCUUACAGAAACAUCCAUUUCUCCGUGAUGCACCCUGGCUGGGCAGACACUCCAGCUGUGAGAUCAUCCAUGCCUGAUUUCUACGAGAGGAUGAAGAACUCGCUGCGCACAGAGGCCCAGGGGGCUGACACUGUCCUGUGGUUGGCAGUGUCAGCUGAAGCAACAAAGCUGCCCAGUGGCUUGUUCUUCCAAGACAGGCAACCAGUCCCUACACACUUACCCCUAGCAUACACCCACAGUCCACCAGAGGAUGAAGAGAAACUAAUGGAGGUGCUUGAAGAGUUCUCCCAGAAGUUUAAAUCUGUUUCUCCUGGAGUUUAGUGUCUCUGCUGACACAGUGUCACCACAAAUCUUCUAAUUACACAGUAACCUGCUGUUGAAGGGAAGUAGGAUAUCAUAGGCCUGUUAAAAAUGAGUUAGAUUCAUGUGUUCUCAAAAUGAGGUGGUUGAGUGGCACCUGUGUAAUUUUUUCUGCUGCAAAGUCUCUCCCAAAGUGAAUAUGCAGCUUCUGCCUCAAGACACACUAAGGUUGUGCUCUUUGGAUUGGAAGAAAAAUCAAAAGGCAUUAAAAUAAACCCUGUUUAAGUUUGUAAAGUUACCUAGAAUAAUUUAAAACACUCAACACAGAGAAAUGCAGAGGAAUGUACUUUCAGUAGUCCUUGUGAAGGACUUCAGGAAAGAAGUGGGAAUGUUUUAAACGACUUUGAACUGCUGUAUUUGACAGGUUGGUGGUUUCCUUCAUUGCAUGAGGGUGAUUUGGCUUAAACAUGUAACUGGGAAUGCAGAAACUCUCUUGCAGAGCCUGCUUAGUUUAAAGUGAAGGAUUCCUCAUGGCCUUCAGUUUCUAUAAAUUAGUCCUGGUAUGCAGAAGUGAUCUGCUUCCUCAUGUUUAAACAGCAAGAAUUUAGGAACACUGCCAAAUGCCUUCUGCAUUACUUUAUGGAGCCAGGGCUAAAUAUUAUCCCAUUUAUGUCAAAAUACCAUGAAGUAGGAGGUUUCAACACAACACACCCAGACAUGGCUGGAUCCAGCAGAGAAAUGGCUGCAUGACUAUAAGCACAAAAAGAAACAACACACUAAGCUGUACCUGCUUGCCAUUUCUGUGAGAGAUUAAAGGGAAUUGUUCUAUCAUUGUUAAUGGAUUAAGAGGGGAAGGGAACACUAGGGGGGGCACAGGUUUUAGAGGAGAAGCCUCUUCUGAUGAGAGGCUUGUAUUUUGUCUGGAUCUAUUCACUUCAGACACUGAGGACAUGAUUUAUCUUACCUGAUUUGUGCAGAUUCGAGUUACUCACUGAGUUUCUCACUGUAAACUGAUAGAGGGGAAAACAGGCUUUUUCACAGGGAUCAACUGGAUCUAGUUUAAGAAAUACCACCUGCAGUGCUGCAUCUUUCUAAUAGUGCUGAAGACAAUCAGCUCAGACUAAGACAUUCUAGUGGGACUCAUUUUGUCUUGAUUAUUUCAGAUUUACUCCAAAGCCAAGACUACUGUUAACAAAGGUAACACCUUUUCUCCUGAUCUGAGUUUGUUUAUUAACCAGCUGCCUCCAGAACCCAGCCAGGUUGCUGCACUGUUUCCCAUGUGGCUUACACUAGUGUGGUAGGACAAAGGACCUAAACACAAAUAUAAGACAGAUGUUCUUGAGUCUCUGCAGUGAAUGGCAGCUAAAGACUGCUGGUGGACAGAGGAGAGCUCCUUAUGUCUGCUUCACGUAAUUUAAUUUCCUCCUGGCUGAUAGCAUUUCCUCAUUAUUCAAAGAUCUCCUAUUAACUAUCAGUUUAAGAAAAAACUGCUUUUUUCAGCCUAUUGUCAAUCUCCUUAGACAUAAAGACUUUACUGUCAGAGAGGCCCUGAGAAAAAUUUUCCCAUGAUAAGCAGUGCUGAGACAAGUCAGGCUGUGACAGCUCUUCCUGAAGAGGCUGGGUCAGCAUUCAAACUAUUGCUUCAUUUAUAAACUUAACUCCUUCUUGCACUACAGUGAAAGAAAACAACAGCAAGGCUUGUACAGAGGUUUAUUUCCUGCAAAUCUGGUACUAACAUUUUCUAUGGUUUCAA